CACAGCAGCUCGCUUCGCUUAGCCUGCCUCGACCUCAUAGUGUUAACCGGAGUUAAAGCAGAAUCCGUGAUCCAAUCCAAGAGAAAUGGGAAGAAGUGGGUCGAUGAUGGGUACCAAGGAUGCAGCCACUGUCCUCUGCUCCUUGCUUCUUCUUCUGUCGUUGAGCUGCGAGUACUCCCAGGCGGCAGAGUCGGACUACCUGCAGGCUCAGAACACCGCUCUGCUAGAGGUCGAUGCGUCAUGGAAGGUCGCCAGAAAGAUCCCUCAAACCCUCUUUGGGUUAUUCUUUGAGGAAAUUAACCAUGCCGGGGCUGGCGGAAUAUGGGCAGAGCUUGUUAGCAACAGAGAAAUUUAUUCAAUAGGGUUUGAAGCUGGAGGGCAAAAUACUCCUUCAAACAUAGAUCCCUGGUCCAUUAUUGGCGACGAGUCCUCCAUAUACGUGACGACUGAAAGAGCAUCCCGCUUCAGUAAAAAUAUCAUUGCUCUUAGGAUGGAGGUUCUUUGUGAUCACUGUCCAGGCGGCAGUGUUGGCAUUUACAACCCAGGAUUCUGGGGCAUGAACAUUGAAGAAGGGAAGGCCUAUAAUCUUGUCAUGCAUAUCAGAUCAUUGGAACAUGUGGAGAUGACAGCUUCACUCACAUGCUAUGAUGGAUCACAAAAUAUAGCAUCAACUUCUAUAGUACAUGAUGGUGUGCAAGAGUGGUUGAAGAUAGAGUUGCAAUUAGUAGCUCAAGGAACAUGCAGAACUUCAAGACUUGAAUUGACAACUUCCAAAAGGGGAGUCAUAUGGUUUGAUCAAGUGUCGCUCAUGCCUUCAGGCACAUACAAGGGACAUGGCUUUCGCAAGGAACUGGUACACAUGCUUUUGGAUUUAAGACCACAGUUCCUACGAUUUCCUGGUGGUUGCUUUGUUGAAGGAAAUCAAACAAAAAAUGCUUUCAGAUGGAGGGAAAGUAUUGGUCCAUGGGAAGAGAGACCUGGGCACUAUGGAGAUGUUUGGAAAUACUGGACCGAUGAUGGCCUUGGGUAUUAUGAGUUUCUCCAGCUUGCCGAAGACCUGGGCGCUGCCCCAAUUUGGGUUUUCAAUGCUGGGAUCAGCCACACCGAUGCAGUUGAUACCUCUGUCAUCGCACCUUUUGUAAGGGAUGCACUGGAUAGUAUUGAGUUCGCAAGGGGAAGUGCAAAAUCAACAUGGGGCUCUGUUAGAGCUUCAAUGGGACAUCCUGAACGGUUUCCGCUGAAGUAUGUCACAGUUGGGAAUGAAGAUUGUGAUAAGAUAAAUUACAAGGGAAAUUAUCUCAAAUUUUAUAAUGCCAUAAGAGAGGCCUAUCCAGAUAUUCAAAUAAUCUCGAAUUGUGAUGGAUCAUCUAGGCCACUUGACCAUCCAGCUGAUUUAUAUGAUUUCCAUGUUUAUACAAAUCCCAAUGAUCUUUUUCUCUCAAAAGAUAAGUUUAGAAGGACAUCACGUAGUGGACCUAAGGUAUUUGUUAGUGAGUAUGCCGUUAAUGUUGAUGCCGGUAAUGGGAACCUUCUUGCUUCGUUGGCAGAGUCUGCAUUCCUUAUUGGACUAGAGGAGAAUAGCGAUGUCGUCCAGAUGGCGAGUUAUGCGUCACUCUUCGCAAAUGACAAUGAUCGCAACUGGAACCCAGAUGCUAUCGUCUUUAAUUCGUGGCAACAAUAUGGUACUCCUAGUUACUGGAUCCAGACAAUUUUCCGUGAAUCAAGUGGUGCUGUGAUUCAUCCAGUUAGACUCAGCUCCAGCUAUUCUGGUUCAUUGGCAGCAUCUGCAAUCACUUGGCAAGAUAAUGAGCAUACAUUCCUGAGAGUGAAGAUUGUGAACAUUGGGUCAAACACUUUGAACCUCACAAUAGAUGUAGCUGGACUUCAAGCUGGUGUCGAUAGGAAAAGAUCGGCUAUUACUGUUCUCACAUCCAACAAUCCGUCAGAUGAAAACUCUUUCAGUGACCCAAAUAAGGUCGUGCCGGUUAAAAAGGAUCUACCCAAUGCUGCAGAAGAGAUGCAGGUCUCUCUGGUUCCUCACUCGCUCACUUCAUUUGAUCUGGCUCUGGAUCAGUACGGCAAGCUCGUCGCUGACAUGUGAAGCAAAUGGUCUACAUGGAAUACAUGGAACACUAGCAGGAUGCAAACUGCAUUAUCAGGCUAUAUUCAGGCCUCAUUUGAUCCUGCUUGUCCAUAAUGUUGUUGAUGUUUCUUGUUGACCUGCUGCAAAGCAUAUAUCAAAUUAAUGGAAACAGUACUAGCUUUGAUGUU